AUGGCGUGCUGUAGAGCUCUUGAGACCCCAAAAGACCUCACAUGUCAGGUCUGCUUUGACUCCUUUCAACAACCCACACAACUCUUCGUAUGCGGACACAUCUUCUGCAAGGUCUGUGUGGAAGGCGCUACAAAGUGUCCCACCUGUCGUUCCCAAAUUGAUUACACAAAACCUGCAACAGAAUUAAUUCAAAGGGCAGUGGAAUUACUUCCAGUGGUAUGUAGAAGCUGUGCAUGGAGGGGGACGCGCGCAGGCUCACACUCACACCGUUGUGAGACAAAUAACACACAAACUCUCUACAGCCAAUACCCACGAGUCAGUGAUGAAGAGCUAUAUGCCCGGGCUACCAAUAAGUCAACGGGUUCCAUUUUUCAGGAACCCGGUGCGGUUCAAGGCAUACCAUUAUGUCAAACAAACCUCAGCCCUAACACACCGGCUUCAAAAGGAAACCAUGCUAAACUGUUUUAA